AUGGCGGAUGUAGCUCCAGCCGGUGGCCGAGGAGGCUUUAGAGGAGGUUUCGGAAGUCGUGGCAGUGGACGUGGUGGACCACGAGGAAGAGGACGUGGGCGUGGCAGAGGCAGAGGACGUGGUAAGGAAGGAGAGAAGGAAUGGCAGCCAGUUACAAAGUUAGGUCGUCUGGUCAAGGAUGGAAAAAUAAGAACCCUGGAAGAUAUAUAUCUAUUCUCUUUACCCAUCAAGGUUAGAAUCAAUUCUUGCGGUGAAUGCUAGGUAACUACAAAUUUUGCAAAAGAGGGAAUUUGAAAUUAUUGAUUUUUUUAUUGGUCCUGUAUUGAAAGAUGAAGUUCUGAAGAUCAUGCCAGUUCAAAAACAGACUAGAGCCGGGCAGAGAACAAGAUUUAAGGCCUUUGUUGCUAUUGGAGACCACAAUGGACACAUUGGUUUGGGCGUGAAAUGUUCCAAAGAAGUGGCUACUGCUAUCCGUGGUGCUAUUAUCCUUGCUAAGCUCUCUGUCGUUCCAGUCAGGCGUGGUUAUUGGGGUAACAAGAUCGGAAAGCCCCACACUGUACCUUGCAAGGUUACAGGAAAGUGUGGUAGUGUGCAAGUGCGUCUUAUUCCAGCACCCAGAGGAACUGGCAUUGUAGGUGCCCCUGUACCCAAGAAGCUUCUGCAGAUGGCAGGUAUUGAAGAUUGUUAUACAUCUGCCACAGGAUCAACUGGCACUCUUGGAAACUUUGCAAAAGCUACGUUUGAAGCCAUAUCAAAAACAUAUGGUUAUCUGACGCCAGAUCUCUGGCGUGAUGUGCCAUUAUCUAGGGCACCGUACGCAGAAUUUUCAGAUCAUCUGCUGCGGAACCAUCAUGCCAAAGCUGUUCCUGUUGAUGAAUGA